CGUGACCGGCGUCUUUCGCGUGUCAAAGAGCAGCGUACACUUAAAGUGGAGCAGACGUCGAGCCUGGUUAUAUACAGUUAUCAGUUUAGGGCAAGUACCUUUGCAGGGAUAAUACAGUGGGAGCAGGAUCCGAACCUGGGACUUUCUGACUAGGAGAUAGCCCUAACUGGCACGCCACCUACCGGUAAGACAUAAAAGCCUCGUCCAUUACAACAUAGUAAACUGCCUAUGGAGAAAAGCAUCAGGCAAAUAAGUAAUAACAGGCUCUGCACCCGUCCAAUGGAUAAGCGAUUAGUGAAAAUGGAAGGUAAAUGGAAUAAUCAAUAUGAGCUUCUUUGCCAACACAAAUGAUGUUACUUACAAAUGUCUUGCUGUACCUAUUUUAGUGGCCUCAGGGAUACUGAAGCUCACUCACUCAUAGUUGAUAACCUCUUUUCCAGUGCAGGGUUGGCGUGGACCAGAGCUAAUCCUGGAAGCAUAGGGUGUUAGGUGGGGUGCACCCUAACAGGAUACCAGUCCGUCGCAGGUUGCUCAAAGUGCAUAUGGUUAAUUUUGUGUUAUUUGGGUGAUAUUAACAAAGUAAAUCAUAUAGGCAUGUUUUAGUAACAAAACUAGGUAGCAGGUUUGUUUGCAGUGGAAACUUGUGACGCAGGCACCUUUUGUUUCCAGGAGGGCAUCAUGGAUCAGAGGGACUACUCGCCACUCAAACACUUUGUGUUGGCGAAAAAGAAGAUUGUAGCGGUUUUCGAGAAUCUGCUUGAAUAUGUCAAGGAGGGCUCUGAGUUUGUGGAACGAACUUGUGAGAAUGAAGGCUUUCAGCAGAUUGCUUGUAGAAAACAGCAGGAGGAGAUGCAGGUGUUCACCAAGAAGCUGGAAGUCAUCAAAGAAGUCCUGGCCCGUAGGCAUAUGAAGGUGGCCUUUUUUGGCAGGACGAGCAACGGUAAGAGUACUGUGAUAAAUGCCAUGCUGCGGGACCGUGUGCUGCCCAGUGGCAUUGGACACACUACCAACUGCUUCCUGAGUGUGGAGGGUACAGAUGAUGAUAAGGCCUACCUUAUGACUGAGGGCUCUGAGGAGGAGAAGAGUGUCAAGACAGUCAACCAGCUGGCUCAUGCACUGCAUAUGGACAAGAGUUUGGAUGCCGGCUGUCUGGUGAAGGUGUUCUGGCCAAAAACCAAGUGUGCCCUGCUGAGGGAUGACCUGGUUCUCCUAGACAGCCCGGGAACUGAUGUCACAACGCAGCUGGACAGCUGGAUCGAGAAGUUCUGUCUGGAUGCUGAUGUCUUUGUCCUAGUAGCCAACUCCGAGUCCACACUGAUGAACACGGAAAAGCACUUCUUCCACAAAGUGAACAACCGCCUCUCAAAACCAAACAUUUUUAUCCUGAACAACCGGUGGGAUGCAUCAGCUGCAGAGCCAGAGUACAUGGAAGACGUACGCAAGCAGCACACGGACCGCUGUGUCAGUUUCCUGGUGGAGGAGCUCAAAGUGGUGGACCGCGAACAGGCACCCAAUCACAUCUUCUUUGUUUCCGCCAAGGAGGUGCUCAACUCCCGGAUGCAGAGGGCCCAGGGCAUGCCAGAGACAGGUGGUGCUUUAGCAGAGGGAUUCCAGGACAGACUGAAGGAGUUCCAGAGCUUUGAGAGGACUUUUGAGGAGUGUAUCUCGCAGUCAGCAGUGAAAACAAAGUUUGAGCAGCACACGAUCACAGCAAAGCAGAUCACUGAAACAGUCAAAGCCAUCAUGGAUUCCAUCAAUAUAGCUUCUGCCGAAAAGAGAGUCCUUUGCCUAGAGGACAGGGAAUACCAGAUGGAUCGACUUGAAUUUGUGCGUGGUCAGCUUAACCUACUGACUGAAGACAUCAAGAAGAAGAUUAAGGCUGUGACAGAGGAGGUAGAAACUAAGGUGUCAAACGCCAUGGCAGAGGAGAUUUGCCGUGUCUCAGUCCUCAUCGAUGAAUUCCAUUCAGAUUUCCAUCCCUCCCCACACGUAUUAAAAUGCUACAAAACUGAGCUGCUUGCUCAUGUAGAGGAAGGUAUGGGGAAGAACCUGUCCUUUCGCUGUUCUAGUGCAGUCAACGUCUCUGUUCAGGCAUCCCAGAAAGAGAUGAUAGAGAGUCUGCAGCCUCUGCUGCCUUCAGUUGUGCAGAGUGAGCUCCACAUGCUCAUCCCCUGCAGGAAGUUUGACCUCAGCUAUGACCUCAACUGUGCUACCCUCUGCUCUGACUUUCAAGAAAACAUUGAGUUUCAGUUUUCCCUCGGUUGGACCGCCCUGGUCAACCGUUUCCUGGGGCCCGUUAAUGCCAAGCGGGCUCUGAUGUUGGUGGACCAGAACUUUCAGAUUCCUCGGCCGCUAGCGACCACGCCAUUGGCCCAGCCGGCACCCUCGGUCCCCCAGCCCCAGGAUAAGGUGGCCUCCCAAGAGGAGCUGAUGCUGUCGUUGGCUACUGGUCUGGCAUCCCUGACGUCCCGGGCCUCCAUGAGCAUGGUCAUUGUGGGAGGAGUGGUUUGGCGUACCGUAGGAUGGAGACUCAUCGCUCUGUCCAUGAGCUGCUAUGGGUUGCUCUACCUCUACGAGAAGCUGACAUGGACCAACAAGGCGAAAGAGAGAGCUUUUAAGCGGCAGUUUGUGGACUAUGCCACAGAGAAGCUCCAGAUGAUUAUCAGCUUCACAAGUGCUAAUUGCAGCCAUCAAGUCCAGCAGGAAAUGGCCACUACGUUUGCACGCCUGUGUCAGCAGGUGGACCUCACCCAGAAGGAGCUGGAGAGUGAGAUCAGCAGGCUGACUGCUGAGAUCAAACAGCUAGAGGCUGUUCAGGGCCGUUCCAAGACACUCAGACACAAAGCAACUGAGUUGGAGAGACAGCUGCAGAGUUUCACACAGGAGUACCUGCAGCUCCAGCAAUGAGAUGUGGAUGACUGACGCUCACAUGUGGCUUCUGUUUUCUCUCAACUUUUUCAGACGGCCAUUUGAAAAGGUCCUCUGUUUAAGUAUUGAUUGGUGACAAUGGGGAACGUGAAUGCAGCCAUAAAUACUGCAGAAUUUUAUACCCUGUACUAUGUAUUAUGGCAUUUUUGCAUCCAUUUUGAAAUCUGUGCAAUUUAGAAAAUACUCUUCCCCCCCACUUUGUCAAGCCUUUAUAUAAUAAGGCAUGCCAACUUUUUAUCCUGUGAAAAAAGUUGACUAAAGGAAAUCUGAUAGUUUUGACUAAACUACUUUGUAUUUGGUGUUCAUUAGUUUCAGUGGCCUAUCUAGUCUAAAUUUUGUACAAUUGUCAUUUAUACAUUUUUUUUUGAAAGAAUAUGAACUGCAGUUACAUCAUUCUAUUUA